GUAUCAGUCUAUAUGGCACUCAAGCAUUCACAUGGGUUUAAUUGACAUUUUCUACAACACUGACUAAAGCAAUCAAAGCAUGUCAUUGUUGUCAGCUCAAGGACAGACAUUACCACGGGCACGUUAUAGGGUUAUGAGCUUAAGAAUAGUCAUUAUACAUACCAUGAUACAUUCAUUCAUUCACACUCAUAUUUUUGUAUAUUAUUUUCUAUUUGGAAAUGUAUUAACUUUUGGUCUCUUUGGGCCCUGUCUAAUAACUAAAUAGCUCUACCUCAGGUCAAUACAUGCUCGGAUUGACACAAGACCUGUAUCAUAAAAGAGCCAGCAAGUGCACAUUAAAGACCAUCUUUAAAAAUAAUAUAAUUUAUGUGAAUUCGUCAAGUUACAUGCAUGACAGUUAAUUAAAAGUAGCCUACGUUUUUAAUGUCGUCAUAAGUUACUGUAAAACCAAACACAGGUCAAGACUGAAGCUGUUCCAUUCAUGUUAGUCUAGUUUAUUUUAUGUUUUUCCCCAACUUUGGAAAGAUGCUUUAAUCGUUUAUUUAGGGCAUUAAUUCUAGCUACAAAGUGAAAUGUCACCGAGACCCUCUUAAUGACAGCUCCAUGUGUAUUAGAGUGGGAGGAGAUAUCUGAACCUGAUGAAAUGACAUCAUGCGCUUUUUCAUGGCUUUGUUUGGUGCUCCCCGUGACCACGCCUUCCUGCCGGCGCGUCCAUAAACGCCGGGAGUCGCGCGUGAGUGUUCACCAGUUGAAUCGCAGUCGAGUACUGACAGGUGCACCGUGCCCUGCCCCUGUCACUCUCGGAUAAUGAACUGUUUGGCACGUCUCGUCGCAGGGCUUCCUCUUCAGCACUUUGGACAUUUACUUCUGACCUGAUUUCUUCCAGACGCACGCAAAAAUGCCUUUUCCGCCUAUCAGCUUGCAUCAGCGGAUCUCUUCUCCUGGCAGGGAUUUAUUCGGGAAGAAGAAAACCAGCGCCGUGCCUCCUCAAUCUGAGCUCACCAGCAAAUCCGGAGCAGAUAAGGUGUCCGAAAAGGAGAAGCAACCAUCCUCCUGGACAUCCGCAAAUUUACGCAAUCUCGGGAGAAAACCUCAACAGGAGAAGAGCAAAAGUCCAGUUCAGAAACAGGACGAGCCUCAGGGAAAAUGUUCGUGGCUGGCUGUACCCAAACCUCAGGAACAACCAUGCGAAGUGGUGAGACGCUCUACUUCUAUGGACUCAGCUAAACAACAACAGGGCAAGGACGAAGCCAAGAAGGACAUUCAGUUUACUCUCAGUCUGACCCCAGAAGCCAUACUCGUUAUUCAAAAACGCAACCUGGAAAAGCAAAUGAUGGCCAAGCAGCAAAAGUGUUGCGCCGCAGCGGACUUUAGGCACAGGCGAGUGUUCCCCUCCAAAAAGACGCAAGGGGGAGGCAAAGGAUGCGUCCCCAGCGCGUGUAAACCGGACCCCCUAGAACAGGACAUUACAGCUAUAGUUAAAAUCUCACUUUUAAAUGAUCAGUAUAAGUACGAUGAUGUGGAGUAUGAAGAUGAAGACGGGGAUGUGGAUGAGACAGUGGUGAGAAAAUGUAAAGAGUGGCUGAAAGGGGUCGAAAACGCUGCUGCUUUGGGGAAAGUGGACAAACUAUCAGCACUUCCGCACCUUAAAGGAUGCUGACACCUGAUACUCGGAGUCUUUUGUUUAUCUAUGGACUUUGCAUAAUGCCUCCUGUAAUGGAAUCUUAAUUAGAGACUCAAAAUAUGUGUGCGUAAAAGAAAGACUGGUUCCAAGAAUUAAGUGUCAGAUUGUCUUUUAAAACAAAAACUAUUAAUGCAAGAAAUGCGUAAUUCUGCACCCAAAUAUUGUUGUGUGCGCUUCUUAAGGAGGGUAUUUGUUUGCCUAUAUGUUUCUUACAAUUUAAACACCUUAAUAAUAUUGUCCUUUGCACAUGUUUUUGUUGUCAGAGGGGCGCAUGUGGAUUGGCUCCCGUAAAAAAAAAAACCCCGAAAAAAAAAGAAAAAAAACAAAGACGUGAGUUGGGAUGCGUCCCUUUGUGCUGGAGACAAAGCAGCUCUUUACGCGCCUGCCUCUGAAACCAAACGUUAUUGUUGACUUUCUUCCCUGAUCAUAAGAGGGGUCUAUGGAUUUCUCAGUAAUGUACAGUAUUUAAUAUUGACCAAAUAUUUGUACUGUCACUGCUGAAUAUUUUUUGCCUUUUGAAGUAAAAUGUUUUGUAAUUAUUUAAACCAAAAGUCUGUUGUAGUUUUUGAUUCCUCUACAUUUGUACUCCCGGGUGAUUUUUAAAGGACCUUUGUUGUCAUUGUGGCUACCUGGGGCCAUUUGGGCAUUAGUUGACUAAGCUUCUUAGAUUUCCUGUUAAGCAGGGUUGACCAGAGCGUGGUAGUGCCAAGGUAUAUGAUCCCGUUAGGAAAUUAGCUUCAGUCCUCUUUACGAUGGCAAUAUCCCAAACUACUACCACUGUGCCAUAUGAGUUAUUUCAUUGUAAAUAGGAAAUAAGAAACUAGUUUAUUACGUAAGCAGCUAUUAUCUAUCCAUAAGCUCAAUGAGAAGAGCUGGAGGCAGCAGAGGUCUGGAAACAGGCCUGUGUGUGAAGAACAAUAAAGCUGGAGUUUAUUGUAUUCUGUAACUUAGUAACAGUCUUUUAUUUCUGAGCCACACAGACAGGGGAAUGUUAGACAAAAGUUAGAGCACUUCACUCACUGCAAUGGUAAGACAAUUUUACAUCAUUUUUACAGUUGAAAUGUUAGAAAUUAUUUUCUAAAUAAAAGUUGUGGUUAUAAUUUUCCAAAGGUAUUGAAGAUAAUCGGGCCCUAACAUCGAUGUGUUAAAAUGUUGCCUUUAGGUGGUCACCGAGCUGUUUCCAUUAAAAAGGUACAGUCUUGAUGUAUUGACAUUUCUCAUGGCAGCAAAGUGGAUUGUUUAGUCAUACAUUUAAACUUAUAGCCUAUUACUUCAUCCCAGUCAUGACUAUAUUUGUUUGUGUACAAUUUAGGUAUAGUGGCAGUAAUAAACCAAACCAGAACUAUAUUCCUUUUCCAUAGCACUCUUUUAUAUCUUCCAGUGGUAAAAAUCUUGAAUAUAAUAACUAUAUUAACUUCUUUAGUCGUUGCACUAUUGCAUUGGAUCACAAAAUCUUUUAUCUAACUACAUCAAUAACCUGUUACUAAACUGAAUGAAUUUUGGUGACCACUUGGAAUGGCAGUUUCUGACUUAGAAACUUCUUUUUUAACCAUCAUGCGAAUACACUCAUAAAUCAAAACAAAAAUGAAACUUUAAUAAAAGCACGAGGCACUUUUUAUGAUAUACUGCUAAACUGUCUCAAAAUAAUCUUUUAAAAAACUGUAACUUUUAAUGUAACGUAAAGGAUGAAGUUCCACAUUGUUUACAUUGAGCUUCUCCUCUUGAAUAGAUGUUAUCCGUGGUGUCACAUAGAGCUGUAUUGUGAGUGUCUGGGGUCAUGUGUGGGGUUGUACAGUGUGUACCAUCCUCUGAUCGCUUCAUCAGCUACUGCUUUCAUCUCAAACUUGUGUAAUCCUUUUGACUCGAAGUCGUGUUUAUUUGCCUCCAACACUGUGAUCUCUCAACACUGACAGUAAACAGUCUGUGUGACUGACUUAAAUGUUAUUUUACUAUCAUCAGUUGCUCUUCACAAAGUCAACCUGCUAAAGUGACAACAUUAAAAAGAGCAUAACAAUACAGAAAAAGAAAUACACUUAUGACAUUUGUUGCCUAGUAUCAUCCAACCACUAGGUGUCAGCAUAGUUUUGAUUUUACUUGUCCCAAGCCAGUAUAAAUGAGGAUGGUGGAGUCAGUAGAGAUCAUGGAGAAGUUGUUGCUUUGCCUGAAAAGUUCCACCAUUUGGCUUUAAAGUUCUCUAAUUAAAGGAUUUCUGAGUAGUAAAUGUUAUUGCCACACUGUGAUACAUUAAUGGCAAAGGAGUAACAUCUCCAUGGCCAUAAGCAGUGGUGCAUCAGAACCAAGAAAAAGUUACACUCAAAAAGUUGAUUUCAAAAACAUGUUGCUUUUACUGCAUUAUUAUCAUGUUGCCAUUCAAAUAAAUAAGAACUAUCCCUUUAGCUCCUUUCAUUAUAGCUCCAGACUCUGGUCCACCUCCUCACAAUGUCCCAGCCAAAAUGACGUCCCACAGUGAGACAGCAGUUUUGUCCUGUCCAGAUUUACAGUGUCGUUGGACACAGAUCUGCUCAGUCACUGAUACCGUCCCGGGACAGACCGUUCCCUUUACUGCGCUCGGCCAAUAUCUCUGUGGUAACACGACUGAUGCAUUCUCUGUCUUUUGUAAAAAUGUGUACGCUUCCUGAAGACACACGGCCCAUAAACCUGCUGUAAUUGUGUAGAGGAAAUGAGGCAUUUCCCAGAAGGGGGCAAAGACAGGGUGACAUAUCGAGGAGACCAUUUAAAGCGAAACUUGUUUGUUUUGUUUUGCAUUUUUAAGCUUGUCUGGAUAAUGGCAGACACGACUAAGCUGUACUCUUCAGCUUAGAUGACAAGAUGACUAACUGAAAUAUUUAACACUUAUCAUCACACUUAUGUCAUUUGGCAAUAAAUCGUCUAUUGUAUUAUCUAAUCCACCUUUAUUUGUUAAGUACAUUUUACCAACAAGUCUCCAAAGUGAUACACAAAGAACAGAACAUUUUAAAAUGUAUAUUCAAACAAUAGUGGACCUGUUUUCACUAACUUUUUCCUUUUGUGGGGUCAUCACAUCAUCUGCUUUGUAACAUGCAGUAACUUUUAUCAUUAAAACAUGCACCAUAGACUAAUCCUCCAAUUGGGUAAACCUGCUCAAAUCAAAAUCUGGAUGUUGCACCAUGACUGCACACUGCUCCAAUGUCACUGGGUCAAAUUUCACUGAAGGCACAAUGAACUAUACCUUAAGUUUGUAUACAUUUGGCAUGACACCGGUUCCCCUGACACAUUUUUUUGUACAAUACUUGAUGCAAUCCAACAAGCUUUAGUGAGUGUGUUAUGUAAGAGACCAACACAACUUUUUAAAGUUCCUUACACAAUGUUGGCGUGGUGUGGAUUUUGAGCUCAACAGAAGAGGUAAACAAAGAAACUGAAUCAAAGAUAGAGAUUUAUAUUAUGGGUGUAACGAUAUCCAAGUCUCACGAUACUAUAUCGUCACAGUAUGAACCUCACGGUACGAUAUUUAUUGCAAUAUCAUGGGAAAGCUCACGAUAUGGUGGGGAGGCUCAUCAUGAGGGAUGUAACAAUAUCCAAAUCUUUCUGUAUGAUAUUUUCAUGAUAUACAUUUCACGGUACAAUAUUUAUUGCAAUAUUCUGUGGAGGCUAAAAAAAUGGUUAAUAUGCUACUUUUUCUUCUUAAAAUGCCUUGACAAGGCUUAACCCAACGAACUAAGUCUUAAAAGUGAUUAGAGCUGUUAUUUCUUCUUGUAGUCUACACUGAAAUGGAGCAAAGGAUCAUGGUCUAUGUAGGUCCCUCUGUUCUUUUUAGCUAUUGCUGCACCAUAACUCUUAAUUUAAGCAAAGAGACUUGUAAUUAGAUAUAUUGUGAUGGUCCAUGAUAUUAUCGUGAGAACUUUGACGAUACGAUAUCACAAUAUUUCAGUUAUUGUUACAUCCUUAAUUUAUAUACUUGAUAUUUACAGAUUUGCUCUGUCACUGAACCAGGACAGGUCCUCUCUGUUAGUUCGAACUUUAUCUGUUGUUAUCCACACGUCACCUGCAUCACAUGGAGUAGAAUCAUUUUUAAUGUACUGAAUAUUUAAAUGACAUUAAAAUCCCAGUGUUUCUCGAACUGUGGUACACAAGUUUUUUUCUGCAGUUGCCAUUUUAUCUGCAUGUCUUUUAUUGUUUAGAAAUACUGUAGCAAAGUCCAGUUUGGGACCUAGUUUGGCCCUAAUUUACACCUACAAUAGUCCUGCUGUAGACCUGGUUUGGAUGGAUCUUGUGUUUUUUGUAAGUUAAAAUAUUUUCUUAUAUGUUACUUGGUGAACUACUCCUCUACUACCUGUUAAGGCUAGACUUCCGCUUUUACUAUUACUACUAAACGCUUUUACUAUUACUACUAAACCUUUCCCACUAUUAUCAUUACCCAGAUGUCACGAUGCCAUGCCAAGUGUAAUUUUCAUGCUUAAUCCCUGUUGGCAUGCCUGUCACUGUCAAGCGCUUUCUCCAUCUUGCAUGAUUAGAGCUACAUUGUUUUGAUCCUCUCCUCUUUAUUUACAACAAGUCGACAUCCGGCCUGUGAUGUCACUAAAAUCUGUUCCCAAAACUUCCCGUCACAACAUCUGCCCAGUGUCAUUACUGCUCCUUCAUCCCACCACUUGAUCAGAGCAGAUUAACUCGAGCCAGUGCUGGCCAAUAGCAGAUCUAUGCAGGCUGUGGAUCAGAGCACCACUAACAAACAGAGAUGGCAAGUUGAAGUUUAAAUAGUACGGUGAUCACCAGUGUCUCUAAUACCAAAAUAAUAUUGUGUAAUUUUCAACAGGUUGCAAGUUUUGAGUAUGAUCUGUGAAUAUUUUUGGAGUUUGAAACUAUAAAUGAUUUGUUAAAAAAUAAGUAAUGUAAUCAAAUAGUAAAGAAAAGCACAAACAUUAAAAAAUAAAUCAAUAAAUAAUAGAAAAAGAUUUUGAACCAAUUAUUACCAUUUCAGC